AUGACUACGACUGAGACUGUGACUGCUUCGACGGGCACUGCGCCCGUCGUCACCCUUCCCACAUCCGGCUACCGCAUGAAAUGCGAUGGAACGGAUCCCACGUUUGGCGACUUUCGCGACGACCUCGUUCGCGACGGCUAUGCGGUCGUCAAGGGCGCUGUUCCGCGCGAGAGAGCCCUCGCGUAUGCAGACAAGAUGUAUGCUCUGCUCGAGUCCUUCAACCUUGGCUACGACCGCAACGACCCCUCCACGGUCCACCCCGACAAGCUGCCCGUCAUCAACGAAAAGGGCAUGCUGCUCCCGUACGGCGCCUGCCACGAGGACUUUGUGUGGGCGAUUCGCGCGGAGCCCGCCGUGUGCGGCGCGUUCGAAAAGGUGUACGGCACCGAGGAUCUGCUGGUGUCGUUUGACACGAUCAACUACGGCUUCAGCCACCGGGCCCACCUUCCGCCCAACAACCCGUGGCCGCACCAGGACCAGGACCCCGAGCGGCCCGGGUUCCGCUGCCUCCAGGGCCUCGUCAACCUGCUGCCCAACGGGCCCAAUGACGGCGGCCUGAUUGUCUGCCGGGGCGGCCACGCGCUCAGCGAGCAGUUCCACAACGAGAUCCGCGGCACCGAGGAGCCCAUCCCGGCGUGGACCAAGGAGUGGUACGGCUUCACGGACAAGGGCAUGCAGUGGCUCAAAGACCACCAGCUCGAGUGGAUCAAGGUCGACGCCGAGCCCGGCGACUUGAUUUUGUGGGACUCGCGGACGCCGCACUACAACGUGCCCGCCACUGGCACGCAGGACAGACUCGCAACGUACACGUGCUUCAUGCCGGUGGCCGAUGCCUCGCAGGAAGAUCUGAUCCGCAAAAAGGCGGCCUACGAGAAGAGAGUUGGGACGACACACUGGCCCAAUGCCCUGCACUCGGGCACCAACGAGGCCACUCGUAAUGGCAAGCCCGACCACGUAAAGAGAGACAGGCCUCUCAACGACGCCGUGCUGAGCGAGAGGGCCUUUAAAUUGACGGGCAUUCCCUACAUUAAAGUGUAA